AUGGGGUAUAAAGGAAUAAAUGAUGCAAUUGAUAAAGCUGCAGAAAAUGGUAACCUUGAACAAGUAAAAUAUUUGCAUGAAUUAGGGUAUAAAGGAACAGAAUGGGCAAUAGAUAAAGCUGCUAGAAAUGGCCACCUUGAAGUAGUAAAAUACUUGCAUGAAUUAGGGUAUAAAUGGUAUAAAGGUGAUAAAUAUUCGACAUUUGAUUUAGCUGUUAAAAGUGGACACCUUGAAGUAGUAAAAUACUUGCAUGAAUUAGGGUAUGAAAAUGAAUAUUUGGCAUUUAAUUUAGCUGUUGAAAGUGGAAAUCUUGAAGUAAUUAAAUAUUUACAUGAAUUAGGGUAUAAAGGUGAUAAAUGGGUAACUAAUUAUGCUGUUAAACAUAGAAAUAUUGAAAUUUUUAAAUAUUUACAUGAAUUAGGGUAUGAAUGUGACAAUUGGUAUAAAGGAAAUGAAUGGGUAAUUUAUAAUGCUGUUGAAAGUGGAAAUAUUGAAUAUGGGUAUAAAAAAGGUAAUAAGGUUGAUUUUGCUGCAAGUAUAGAAAGACUUGAUUUAUUUAUAUUAUUAAUUCAAUUAGGGUAUAAAGGAACAGAAGAUGCAAUUGAUAAUGCUGCAAUUAGGGGUCACCUUGAAGUAGUAAAAUAUUUACAUGAAUUAGGGUAUAAAGGAACAGAAAAAGCAAUUGAUAAUGCUGCAGAAAAUGGUCAUCUUGAAGUAUUAAAAUAUUUACAUGAAUUAGGGUAUAAAUGUGAUAAAUGUGCGAUUAAUUAUGCUGCAAUUAAUGGUCACCUUGAAGUAGUAAAAUAUUUACAUUCAAAAGGAUAUAGAUGUUUAAAUUGGGUAUUUAAUAAUACUGCUAGAAAUGGUCGCCUUGAAAUGUUAAAAUAUUUACAUGAAUUAGGGUAUAAAGGAACAGAAAAAGCAAUUGAUAAUGCUGCAGAAAAUGGUCAUCUUGAAGGAUGA